AUGGCGUGUGAUGCGCAUCCGGUGCAGCUUUUCGUGAGCCAACUGGGCUUCCGCUACUGUGGCUACGAGCACUAUGCCGACCAGGAGUGGUUUUCCUUCGAUUUUCCAGACAAGCCCGCGAAGCUGUAUGUUGCAGACUUGGCUUGUGACCGGUCAGCUGCAGCGUAUCAUCAGAUGCGUUUGGUCGAGUCCGGUGGCAUCAACUACUGGGAAGGUGGUGUCCACUAUUGGCACAGCAAGGUCUUGUUUCUCCCAAGUUCAUCGCAAGUGGCGGCGGUGGAGGUGAACUUUGCUUCGCUCGGCCGUGGCAGUCGAGGACCUGACGAGCUUUUCGACUACUCUCAGGUGGAGGUGAAGCGUGCCUGGCGUCUUCAUGAAGAGGACGACGGUGGAGAUGAACACUGGUAUUCCUUCUCUCACACAUUCCCCACAGCGAGAGCACUUUCGUACGAGGAGAUCGUCAGGUUUGUGGCUACAGCAGCACUGGACUAUCCCUACUUCACCUGGGAUGAAGCAGGCUUGUAUCAAAGCUGCAGCUGCCGGAUCAACAUCAAUGAAUGCCACUGCCGGAUCUUUGCGGAUCGCCUGCUGGAGCAAUUCGUGGCCCCGAGUGUGGCAGCACAGCUUCCCCAGGACAUCAACGAGGGCAUCGGCGGAUGUAGCUAUUACCGACGAGACGAAUAUGACGACCAAAGUGCGCCCCCCCGUGCCGAUAACCUCAGCGAGUGCUUAACCCAGGAGAUGUUUGAGUGUCUCCCUCGAUGCAUCCCUCCCUCAAUCCUUCCCUCCCUCAUCCAUCCCUCCCUCCCUCCCUCCCUCCCUCCCUCCACCCACCCACCCAGCCAGCCACCCAGCCAGCCAGCAAUCCAUCAAUCCACACAUCCCACUUAUCCAUCCACAUAUCCAGCGACAUAUCCAUCCACAUAUGCAUCCACGAAUCCAUCCACGAAUCCAUAA